UGUUGGCUACACGUGAUAGUUGUUGUUGUUGCUGUUGCGUGUGUCCGGAUUGCCUUUCAAAAAACCCGAAAAGAACAUCCCAUUUUUGGACACCGCUAACAUAAUGGCCGGCCCGCAGGUGGUGGGCAUGUAAAUAUCGCAUAAACGGCUUGCGAAGAGAAGAACACAACACAACCGACCUCAAAAGAUUGAGAAAUCUGAGCCGGACAGCAUGCAAUCCUUGCGUUGCUGCCCGGCCCGUGGCCUGAUCCUGUCCAGAGCAAUUCGCGGCCAGCGCAGCCUGCGAAUGAGUUGGCCACGGAAUAGCGGCGCGACUGGAAAAGCUGGAGGAGCAGCGCCCGGUGGAGGCAGCAGCACCACAACCGCCAGCACCAUUGGCAAUGGAGCGAUUCAGAAGCUGCGGGAAUGGCAUGCGAGUGCAUUCAGCAGCCGCUUCCUGCUCUUCACCAACGUGGGCAUCUCGCUGACCCUCAGCUGUGUGGGUGACAUCCUCGAACAGCAUUUGGAAAUCUAUUGCGGCGAGAUCGAACGCUUCGAGUCCACGCGCACUGCCCACAUGGCCAUCAGUGGUGUAACGGUGGGCGUGAUCUGUCAUUAUUGGUACAAGAUGCUGGACAAACGUAUGCCCGGACGCAGUAUGCGCGUGGUGGCCAAGAAGAUCGUGCUCGACCAGCUGAUCUGCUCGCCCAUUUACAUCAGUGCCUUUUUCGUCACUCUGGGCCUGCUGGAGCGGAAGACCAAGCACGAAGUGUGGGAGGAGAUCAAGGAGAAGGCCUGGAAGCUGUACGCCGCCGAAUGGACUGUGUGGCCGGUGGCGCAGUUUGUCAACUUCUACUGGAUCCCCACCCAUUAUCGCAUCUUCUACGACAACAUCAUCAGCCUGGGCUACGAUGUGCUGACCUCAAAGGUCAAGCACAAACAGUCGCAUUCGCAUCUAAAGAAGAUUCCCUAACCCUGCGCCAGCCGCUGGCCCUCCUCAUUUCCUUGUAACUAUUUAUUACCAAACCGAAAACCUUGUAAAUACAGACGAGCCCGUGUACAGAGACCAA